GGCGGCGGGAUGGCGGCUGAGGCGCUGCUGAGGGGCCUGGAGGCUUGGGGGCUGCGCCGCGUCGGUGCGGCCUGGGUGGACACUGUCUGGGAUUUAGAUUUCACAGAAGCAGAGCCUCUGGAUUCCAGAGUAGAAGAGGGAAUCACAGAGGAUGGGCUUGAUGCUUUCACUCGGCUGUAUGAGACUCUCUAUCCUUUUGCUGCGGAGGAUCAUGGGACCACUGAGAGUGUCUGGACCCUUUUUGCUGAGAACAACCUAUCCCACAAUGCUCUUGUGGCCAUCUUGUAUCAUUUUGUCCAAAUGGGCCAGCAUAAAAGGGCUAAUGUACAGCAGCGGGUUUGUGCUCUCCAUGCUGCUGGGUUGUACUUCUUAUUGCUUGAAAUUCCAGGCAGUGUAGCUAAUCGGGUGUUCCACCAAGUGAUGUUUGACAAAUGUCUUGAAACCCUGCAAAAAACCUGGCCUCAGGAAUCUGAUUUGACCAGAAAGAGGAAAAAGAACCAUGGAAAAGGUUCUCAGGCUAAUACAAGAAAUACAAAAAGAGGAAGGCCAAACAGAAGGGACAUCUCUGAGAUGGAUGAGAUUUUUGAGGAGGAGGAGAAUCAGGAAGAGGUUUAUUUUUCAGCACAAGAUCUACUUCAAAUUCGUCAGGCAGUCUUUCUUCUCAUGAAAAACUUCUUAAGACUUCUAUCCAAAUUUUCCCUGAAAGAGAAACCUCAGUGUGUGCAGAAUUGCCUGCAGAUCUUCGUUGAACUGACAAGUUUUGAGCCUGUAGUGCACGAGAUUGAGUUUUCAGGAACAAGGAACAUUAAUCAAGCAAAGUAUGUCCCAGAACUGGCUUAUCAUGGGCUACGGUUGCUGUGCUCCCCACUACAUGGUGUAGAAGAUAAGAUUCUUCGCCAGAUCUUCCAUCGGAUCCUAAAUGUCAUCCUCAUGAUAGAAGGGGGAAAAGGAUCCAGGACCACAGUCCUUGUUGCCACAUCUCAAGUUGUCAGUAUCAGGAAUCAAACAAUAAAAUUUAUCAGUGCUGUUGUAGAUGAACUGAAGGAGGUUGCCUUUCCUGUGCUCCGUAUCUUACUGCAGCAUAUCUGUGCCAAGGUCCCAGAUAAGUCUGAGUAUCGUACAUACGCUGCCCAGGCUCUGGUGCAGUUGCUAAAUAAACUUCCUUGUGCAGCAUAUGCUGACUUUAUGUCUUGGCUCUACAGAUAUUCACACAACACCAAAAUCUCCUACAGAGUGUUUGCGCUUGAUAUAGCUUUGGCACUGUUAGAUUUGCCUGAGAGGGAACCAGACAGCUCCUUGUCUCCAGAACAUCAGAAGUUUCUAAAGCACAAGUUUCUGGUGCAGAUCAUGGUGUUUGGCCGCUGUUCAGACAAGGCACCUACAGUCCGUAGCAAAGCACUAUGCAGCUUUGCUCACUGUCUGGAAAUGAAAGCUACCACUACCUUGGAGAGUAUACAGGAGUUAUUACAAGCUUCUAGAUAUACAGGUUUGGAGACACACACACAUGCUGAGAGUUAUGUAACCACUACAGAAGCUACUUCCAGCCAUCCGCUGAAGACUCUUCCAACGUUCAAAACCGUCGAACUGACAGGCAGUAAUGAUACUACUGUCUUUGAUGGGAAAGAAAUCAUAACUAUGUUAAGACUGAGAGCAGGAGAUGAGAAGACAAAUGUCAGGAAGUCGGCACUCCAGGUUUUUAUGAGCAUCUUGAAGUACCGAGUGAUUCCUUGUACCCCAGAGGACUUGUCCACUAUUCAAGAUCGCUGCCGUGAUCCUGCCAUCUCGGUUCGGAAGCAAGCACUGCAGGCUAUUACAGAGCUCCUUAUGUCUCAGCCCAGCAAUAUUCUGAUUCAGAAAGCCUGGUUAGCAGGUGUGGUACCCGUUGUGAUGGACACUGAAAGCUCUGUACAAGAAAAGGCCUUGGUUUGUCUUGAUCAGCUCUUGUUGCAGAACAUUAAACACUAUAAUAGAUUCAGCCAUGAAGACAGAAACCAAACUCUAGCUUGGGAUCUUCUUACCCUCUUUACUUCAGAGAGCCAGGAAUUCAGCCGGUACUUAAACAAAGCUUUUCAGAUCUGGUCCAAGCAGGACAAGUUCUCCUCCACCUUCAUAAAUAAUGUUAUGUCCCAUGUGGAAACGGAGCAUGCUGUACCAGCCUGGAUGUUGCUUGCCAAGGUAGCAGGUUCCUCUCCCAAGUUGGAUUACUCCAAGAUAAUUGAAUCUUGGGACAGUGUCAACAGGGAGCAGAAUGUCAGCGCUGAUACCAUAGGACAUAUCCUGUGUGUAAUAGGGCAUGUUGCAAAGCACCUUCCGAGAAGCACCCAAGGGAGGCUCACUGAUGAUAUCAAGCUCUGGCUGAAGGAAUUUCGGUGUCCCCUGGAGGUGAUCAGCCCAGCUGUGGAGGCUCUGCAGAAGCUCUGCCAUGCGUAUUCAAAUUCCCCUGAGGAGACACAGGAGCUACUGAACGAGGUGUGUGGAGAUGUGAUAUCUGCCUGUGAAUGCUAUCUCUCCCGUAUAUUACUGAAAGAGGAUAGAACAGAGCAACUACAAGAGGAUCUCUUGGUGAGUCACCUCUUCACCUUGGGUGAGGCUGCCCAGCUGUGUCCAGCCAAAGUGGAGAAACGUAUCUUUCUUUUGAUUCAAUCCAUUCUGGCUGAUCCUGUCCACGCAGAGCAAUUGUCUAGUCCUUUAGAUGGUGAAGAGCUCCCAGUUUCUCAGCCACUGUUCCAGUUCAGAGGAUCUCCUAUGCCCUCAGUCGUCAGAGCUCAUGCCUUCAUUACUCUGGGUAAGCUGUGCCUACAGCAUGAGGAUCUGGCAAAGAAGUGUAUUGCAGCCCUAGCUCGUGAGCUGGAGGUGUCUGAUGAUGUGGCCAUUCGCAAUAAUGUCAUCAUAGUCAUGUGUGACCUGUGUGUCCGCUACACCACCAUGGUGGACAGGUACAUUCCCAACAUCUCCAUGUGCCUGAAAGACCCAAACCCAUUCAUCCGGAGGCAGACACUGAUCCUCCUUACCAAUCUUCUGCAGGAGGAGUUUGUGAAGUGGAAGGAAUCGCUGUUCUUCCGGUUUGUCAGUGUUCUGGUGGAUCCAAGCCCAGAUAUUGCCAGCUUUGGGGAGUUCUGCCUGGUGCACCUGUUGCUCAAGAGGAAUCCAGUCAUGUUUUCUCAACACUUCAUCGAGUGCAUUUUCCACUUCAACAGCUACGAGAAGCAUGAGAAAUACAAUAAGUUCCCCCAGAGUGACCGGGAGAAGAAUCUCUUUUCUCUGAGGGGGAAAGAUAACAAAGGAAAAAGAAUGCACAUUUACAGGUUUCUGCUAGAACAUUUUACAGAUGAGCAAAGAUUCAGCAUCACUUCUAAAAUCAACCUGAAUAUCCUAGCUUGCUUUGUGGAUGAGGUCCUCCCACUGGACAUGGAAGCCAACGAGCUGCUGUCGGAUACAUUUGAAAUCCUUAGCUGCAAAGAAAUCAAACUCUCGGCUAUGAGAUCUAUACCAGAUGAAGACAAUCAGCCUGAGGAGGAUGAACUGGCCAUGGCCAAUGCUGUUAUGCAGGCAGCACAAAAAAAACUCAUUUCGCAAGUUCAAAAGAAGAACUUUAUAGAAAACCUCAUCCCAGUAAUCACUUCCCUGAAGUCCCUUUUGGAAAACAAAAGGAUGCCAGCUGUGAGGGAUCUCAUGAACUAUCUCCGGGAGACGAUGCAGGAUUAUCAGAAUGAAAUCAAAGAAUUCUUUGCAGUGGACAAGCAGCUGGCAGCUGAGCUGGAGUAUGAUAUGAAGAAGUAUGAGGAGCAGCUGGCCAGAGAGAAUGAGAUGGGAGAAGAUCAAGAUAGCUCAUUGCGGGGAGAGGACUGUAUUGUCAUGAACUCAGUGCAGCGUUCUCCACGGUCAGAGACAGCAGUGCCUCCUAACAGGCAGAAUAACCAAGCCCAGCGUCUUGUUGCCGGGAGACAGCCAUCAUCAUCUGGGUCUCCUGCUUCCCCUGCAUCUUCUGGGUUUACUACACCUGGAGCUGGUGUUUUGAAACAGCCACUGCCUAGACCCAGGCGGAUGUCCCUGAGCACCCUUGCCAUCCUGAACUCUGCCAAGAAGGCCGUUGAGGCCACCAUGAAGCAGCGCAGCAAGAGCGUAGGAGGAAGGUGUUCUCUUCCUUCUCCAACAAGUGCAGCUGGCAGUAAGCACGGGUCUUUCCGCAGCCUAAACCAACAGUCUGCUGGAGCGAAUGUUCCCCUGGGCGGCCGAGCAAUCAGUACGCCGGAGCAGACGAUUGAUGACCUGACCUUUGGGGCCGGGGUCAGUUACAUCAGCUUGACACACACACCUGGUUCUGACUCAGAAAAAAGAUCCCAGGAUCAACAAAGAGAUGUUCUAUGCCUGAUAUCGCCAGAUAAGCCGAAGCCCCUGCCACGUCAGUGGAAGGUAGAAUCUCCAGCCAGGAGAGAAAGCAGCCCAAGUCCAGCUUUAAGGAGGUCCCUGCGGAGAGACCCCCUGAAGCCAGCCAAUUGACACUUCA